CAUAUUUCCCAACUAACUAUUCUCGACCAAACUCGCGUUUGGUUCCUUCCAUUUUUACUCUCUCUCAGACUCUCACUCACUCUCUGUAAUUUCCUUCUCUCCAACACUUCCUCGAGUAGUUGAACCUCAUUGUCACCACAAAUCUAGGGUUUCAUUGGUUCGAAAACCAGAUUUUUUUCGUUUGAUUUCUAUCAGAUCUGGUUCUUGAGCGAGCAGUGUGUGUAUAUAUACACACACGUAUAUAUGUGUAUACGUAUAUUGGAAUGCUCAUUGGUUUACUGCUUAUAUUAGUGUGAAAUAUUGUGAGAGGCGUGGUUGUUUGUGAAAGAUGAUGAUCUAUGGACCUUUAACCCCUGGUCAGGUGUCAUUUUUCCUUGGUAUUAUCCCAGUAUUUGUUGCUUGGAUAUAUUCAGAAUAUUUGGAGUACAAGAAAAACUCAGUCUCAUCAAAAUUGCAUUCUGAUGUCAAUCUGGUUGAGUUGGGAAAUGAAACAGUUAAAGAAGAGGACAGAGCUGUUUUAUUGGAAGGGGGAGGUCUCCAGUCAGCUUCUCCUAGAGUUCGGAGUUCCUCUGUGACGUCUCACAUUGGCAGAUUCAUUCUGAUGGACGAGUCCUUCUUGCUUGAAAACCGGUUGAUACUAAGAGCCAUGUCAGAAUUUGGUGCCCUUUUGAUCUACUUCUACUUAUGUGACCGUACAAAUUUCUUCAGCGAAUCAAAGAAGAGUUACAAUCGGGAUCUUUUCUUGUUUCUCUACUUCCUUCUCAUCAUAGUUUCGGCAGUUACUUCUUUUAAGAUACAUCAUGAUAAGUCACCAUUCUCAGGGAAACCGAUACUUUAUUUAAACAGGCAUCAAACUGAGGAGUGGAAAGGUUGGAUGCAGGUAUUAUUUCUAAUGUACCAUUACUUCGCUGCAACUGAAAUAUACAAUGCAAUAAGAAUUUUUAUAGCUGCAUAUGUUUGGAUGACUGGAUUUGGGAACUUCUCGUAUUAUUAUGUUCGCAAAGAUUUCAGCCUUGCUAGGUUCGCUCAGAUGAUGUGGCGGCUUAACUUCUUAGUGUUAGUUUGCUGCAUUGUUCUUAACAACAGUUACAUGCUAUACUACAUAUGUCCCAUGCAUACUCUCUUCACUCUUAUGGUUUAUGGGGCACUUGGUAUUUUUAACAAAUAUAAUGAGAAUGGGACAGUCAUGGGGGUAAAGAUCAUUGCCUGCUUUUUAGUGGUCAUUCUAAUAUGGGAAGUACCUCAAGUGUUCGAUCUGGUUUGGAGCCCAUUUACUUUUCUUCUUGGAUACGCUGAUCCGGAUCCUUCAAAACAGAAAUAUCCCCCAUUGCAUGAGUGGCAUUUUCGCUCUGGCCUUGAUCGCUACAUAUGGAUAAUCGGAAUGAUAUAUGCUUACUAUCAUCCAACAGUUGAGAGGUGGAUGGAAAAACUAGAGGAAGCAGAAGUUAAACGCAAGAUAUCAAUCAAAACGAUUGUUGUGCUUAUUGCCUUGACGGUGGGAUAUCUUUGGUUUGAGUACAUAUACAAGCUUCCAAAGGUUACAUACAACAAGUACCAUCCUUAUACCUCAUGGAUUCCCAUAAGUGUCUACAUAUGCUUGCGAAACGUCACCCAGCACUUUCGUUGCUACUCCUUGACCUUAUUUGCAUGGCUUGGAAAGAUCACAUUAGAGACCUACAUUUCACAGAUCCACAUAUGGUUAAGAUCAGGUGUGCCUGAUGGCCAGCCUAAACUGUUGCUCUCUUUGAUCCCGAACUACCCGAUGUUGAACUUCAUGCUCACCACUUCCGUAUAUGUUGCAGUUUCAUACAGGCUCUUUGAAUUGACAAAUGCAUUGAAAACGGCAUUUGUGCCAAGUAAAGACGACAAACGCCUACUCCACAAUAUAAUUGCAGCAGUAGCAAUUUCAAGUGUUUUAUACACACUGUCUUUUAUAUUCUUAAGGAUCCCUCAAAUGAUGGUGUGAGAGUUUAUAGUGUACAGUCUCAUCUGUGUGGUUUGAACAUGGAUGAAGCAUAUUGCUACAUUACAAGAAUCUUCACCAAUUACCAGAGUGACAAAAAGUUACAAUGGUGAAUUGCACAAUUACUGUAUACAAAGAGGUUGCUGAUAGAUUCAAGGUCCACUUGGAGGUUGCCAUUUCCCUUGUUAUCUCAUUAAUUUGUACCGCUAAAGUGUACAUGAUUCAACCUCUAAAUGAGGUGGUGUUAUAGUUUUCAUUUCACAUUUUUAUACCAUUAUAGUCAUUACCAGCACGAUUGCAUUCAACAUUGUGCCAAGAGCGUGUUGAAACAACAAUGUUUCGUGAUCAAUGUUGUGAAUAAGACCUAUUAGCUAUGUUAGUUUGUCAAAAGCAUGUUGCAUCCAAUUCUAUCAAAUGUGAAUCUUAAAAUUGAGAUAUCUUAAUUACCUUCUAUGGGCAUCUUGCAGUUAA